AUGUCCGUCUUCAGCGCCAACUCCUUCGCCGCCCUCGGCGACGGCGACGACUACACGCCGCAGCCGGCGCAGAAGGCCGCCCCGGCGCCUGCCCCUCCUGCUGCCCCCGCUCCCGCCAGGGCUCAGCAGCAGCCGCGCAACAACAACGGCCCCCGCCGCGACAACCGCAGGGGCGAUAGGCCCGACCGCGAGGUCCACGCCGACGUCCCCGCCGGCGAGGGAGCCAAGGAGGACCGCGCCAAGAGCUUUGCCCGCGGCGGCGGCCGUGGCGGUCGUGCUUCGCGCGGCCCCGGUGGAAACCCUCGCGGCAACACCGGCACCUACAUGGGCGGCAACAGGCCCCGCCGCGAGAACGGCGGCGGACGUCCCUUUGACCGCAUGAGCCAGACCGGCCGCACCGACACUGCCAAGGCUGAGGCCGCUGGCUGGGGUGCCGACGACGGCAAGAAGGAGCUCGAGGCCGAGCAGGACGGCGAGAAGGACGCCCAGGCCGAGACUCCCGCCGAGGGCGCUGCCACCCCCGUCGUCGAGGCUGCCCCCGUCGACGAGGAGGAGCAGACCCAGACCUACGAGGAGUACCUCGCCGCCCAGGCUGCCAAGAAGCUCGCCAUCGCCGACCUCCCCGAGGCCCGCAAGGCCAACGAGGGCGAGGACCUCUUCGCCAACGCCAAGGUCAUCCCCAAGAAGGGCGAGACCGAGGAGGAGUGGCUCUUCGGUGCCCCCAAGGCCGCCUCGGGCAAGGCCAAGAAGCAGAAGGAGGCCAAGCAGUUCAUCGAGAUCGAGUUCGCCUCGAAGGCUCCCCGCCGCGACAACGACCGUCCCCGCGACUCGGCUCGCGGCGGCCGUGGCGGUGCGCGUGGUCGUGGGGAGGGCCGUGGACGUGGUGGUGCCCGUGGCGGCGCUGCUCGCGGACAGGGCCGCUCGCAGGCUGCUCCCGCCCCCGCCGUCACCGACUCGUCGGCCUUCCCGGCGCUCGCCUAA